AUGUCUUACGAGCAGAGCCAGCUGACCAAACUCCGGCGCUCCGCGAAGCGGGGAAGCUAUGACAAAGGAGUGGUGAACGAGAUCCUCGACUCGGCACUGGUGGCGCAUGUGGGCUACGUUGAUGCUGAAGGUCUGGCGAAGGUGAGCCCCAUGAUUUUUGGAAGGGAGGGCGAGACAUUAUACCUCCACGGCCAUGUCAGCGCCGGUGUGCUACGAAACGGUUCCGUCAAUGUGUGUUUCUGCGUCACCUUGGAAGACGGCCUGGUGCUGGCCAGGGCUGACAUGCACUCCAGCAUGAACUACCGCUGCGUCAUUGUGCAUGGUGAGGCCACAGAGAUACCUUCAAGUGAGGAUUCCGAGAAGCGUCACGGGCUUGAAAUCAUCACGAACCACAUGUGCGAAAAUCGGACAAAACAAACGAGGCCCAUGACAAAGGCGGAAGUGGACUCAACUCGGGUGCUCAAACUCAAGUUGGAGGACGGCAAGGUGAGUGCCAAGAUCCGUGCAGAGGGGGCCAACGAUGACAAGGAGGACGUUGAGCAGUUGGCGCACAUCUGGGCUGGCGUUAUUCCCAUUACACGAGUCUACGGGCCACCCGAAAACAACCACGACUCGAAGGCCACCCCUCCCUUGAACGUCACGGGCUACCCCAAGUUCCGGUCAGGCGGCCAGCUUCGGAAUGCCCGUCUCGAUGGAUGGGAUGCCGCUUUGCUUUCUGCGCUGGGAGUCACAGCCUGCGGACUCGGCGUCCUGCUUGGAUGCGCCCUGUCGAGGAGGGCGACCUAG